AUGGAAGAAUCUGUCUGGAUAGUCUUGAUAUACUUUCAGUUUUUAAAUGUUCCUGCACAGCCGUUAAAUGGAAAUGAUGCCAGUAGUAUCAAAAUUCUUUCAAGUGAUCGUCUUUUGGGCUUAAAUUCAAAUAAGGUUAACCUAACAAAACAGUUCAUUCAGACGAUCAAUUCCAUAUCUGGGGCUCCAAAAAUACAAUGUCGCCGGCCGCCGUGUUGUAUAACGCCACCGUGUCAAAGCCCACCGCCAUCCUUUCCACCACCCAACAUUCCUCCACCCACCAUUCCUCCACCCACCAUUCCUCCACCCACCAUUCCUCCACCUAACUAUCCACCACCCAAUUUUCCUCCACCCAACUAUCCACCGCCCAACUAUCCACCUCCCAGCUAUCCACCUCCCAACUAUCCACCUCCCAACUAUCCACCUCCCAACUAUCCACCUCCCAACUAUCCACCUCCCAACUAUCCGCCUCCCAACUAUCCACCUCCCAACUAUCCACCUCCCAACUAUCCACCGCCCAGCUAUCCACCUCCCAACUAUCCGCCUCCCAACUAUCCGCCUCCCAACUAUCCGCCUCCCAACUAUCCACCUCCUAACUAUCCACCUCCCAACUGUCCAACACCUAACUAUCCACCUCCCAACUAUCAACCGCCUGGGGCUUCAAAAAUACGAUGUCGCCGGCAGUCAUCUUGUAUAUCGCCACCAUGUUAACCACCUAGCAAUCCACCACCAUUCUUUCCUCCAAUGUGAAAAAAAUAAUGCAAUUGUAUUAUAAACAGAAAUAUAUACGAGUAAAACAAGGUUAUCAAAAGGGA